GCGUGGGAAGUACGAACGAGCCCUGCAUUCUCGAGUUCGUGAUACUAGUAUCAACAUUGUUCAUUCGCCUUUCUCUUCGCACCAUGGCCUCGUCUGUGCUCCUACCGUCAAUCUCCUCGUCACCGUGGGGACAAGUGCCAGCAUCGGCUCCUCAACGCGUGAACUUGCGCACAGUCAUGGACGAAGCCCUGGCGCUACGAAUUGAACACGAAGACAUGUUGGCGAUCGUGGACCCAACUCCAUACCUGGUACAUGAUCAACAAGUGCCGAGCGGUGAACUAGCUGUUGACGUCAGCUCCGACUUUGCAGUGGCGUUGGCAUUGCAGCUGGAAGAGCAGGCAGCAGCUUCGCACACUGUCGAGUACUCUGUUAUGCCCGCAGCUGAACUUCCACAAAACAGCCCCGUCAUCGACGAUUCAUCUCCCAUCCAUUCCCACGAAGUGAAUACCUACGAAGGUAGCGCCGACGAGAUCCAGGACGAGCUCAUGCACAACGCUCGCCAUCGUCACAAGGGUCAAGCCAAGGCCUAUCGAAAGAUCAGUACGAAACCAGUUCGCCCCGUCCACGUCGUCGUCGUCAGCCAAAACAAGACGGACGAUGAUUGGCUCGAGGGUGGGGGACUGUACGAGCUCUUUUUCAGCGCUGUGGACAGUUUCCACGACAUUGCCCACGAGUUUGCCUUUAAUGACAACGAUUCAUUCUAAAGACAUUGCGAUAGGACUAGCUAUUAAUAUAUUUUGUGCUUUCCAGUGAAA